AUGGCCCGGUCGUACGGCGGCCGGGUGCUGGCCGCAAUGACCUUGCUGGGCAUCCCGGCGGCGGUGCUGGCUGCCCUGGGUGCGCAGCUGCUGUUCCAGCUUCAGGCGGGCCGCGCCGAGCUGCGAGGACCCCGCGCUGAAGGCCUGGCCCCGGGGCUGGGCGUCGGACCCGGACUGCCCGAGGACGCGGCCGGGGCGCUGCUGCCGCUGGCCGCCGCGCUGGCCGCGCUUGCCCUCGUGCUGGCCCUCACCUGCCUGCUGCUCGCCGCGCUCUGCGGCCACCUGGGCGCCGAGAUGGCGCGGGGGCCUGGCCCCGGCAGGUCCGACUGGUUUCUGUAUGACUGUCGCCUCCUCAGGCACGUGGCCCUCGGCCUCUUCUGCUGCGGAGUCUCUGUCUACUUAGCAGCACUGUCCAUCUAUGCUCUGCUGCUCUUUGAGAUUGAGACGGGCGCGGCGGCUGCCUCCAUCCUCGGCUCAGGCGCCCUGACCCUGGUGGCCAUGCUGACUCACACUCUCCUCCGUGCCGCCCGGGCUACUCGCCGUGGCCUCCACGAGCUGUCCCCGCCAACCUUUGAGGACGACCCCACCCGCCCCACCGAGGUCUCCAAGGCCAGCCCCAGGGCUCAGCCCCAGCAGGGUACCCACCACCAUUUCCCCUACUUGUCCUGCCCAGAGGCUGGGAUCCCCCUUGGGCCCAUGGCCACCACCACAGCACCUGUGGCCCUUGGGGGAGGUCGGGAGGGGAGCCUGCCUGCAUCCCGCAUGCACCGGACACUGCCGGCCGGCACAGGGCCCUGGGACGGAGUCACCCACGAGAUGCGCAGCAUGCUGGGCCACAGGCCAGGGGCCAUAGGGAAAGACUCCACGCUGGUGUGA